UAUUGCAGGUUAUAUGAUCCCGGGUUGAAACGCCGACUAAGAACACUGCUGACCUGGUAAUACUUUUAGUCUGCAACAAAGCCUGAAUCAUAAUAAUGUCCCAAAAUAAUUCCCAAUCCGAUUCAAUUCAAAACCCUAGAGUUACCUGGGAAGGUUGCAGUGUCUUGCUUGACAUCAACGAUGGCGAUCGUUUGGUUUUCGCUCGUCUCUCUGCUGGCUCGACAUUGAAAAUUGGGAAUAAGACUUACUCUCUGCAACCGCUAAUUGGUUGUCCUUUUGGUUCUUUGUUUCAAGUCGAAAAUGGAGACCAAGGGCAUUGUUUGGCUCGCUUUGUUCCAACUGUUGAAGGCAAUAAUAUUCAGGAGAAAGGAGACUUUGAAUCACAAGAUGAAAUCAAAGAUAAUCGAGCAUUAGUUGAUAAUAAUAAAGCCCAAAGCCUAACUGGCGAAGAAAUAAAUGCAAUGCGGAGUCAGGGUGCAACAGGUGAUGAAAUAGUUGAAGCUCUCAUUGCUAAUAGUGCAACAUUUGAAAAGAAAACAUUGUUCUCACAGGAGAAAUAUAGGCUUAAGAAGCAGAAGAAAUAUGCACCCAAAGUACUUUUGAGGCGCCCUUUUGCUCGAAGUAUAUGCGAGGCAUACUUCAAGAAAUAUCCAGCAAGAAUUGGAUUCUUGCGAGUGGAUGCAUUAUCUCUUCUUCUUUCCAUGGCUAAUGUUACUGCAAAUUCUGACGUUCUCGUAGUGGAUAUGGUUGGUGGCCUUCUAACUGGUGCUGUGGCAGAACGAUUAGGAGGUACUGGUUAUGUUUGCAGUACAUAUCUUGGAAGCACUCCGUAUUCUAUUGAUAUAGUCAGAAUAUUCAACUUAAGUAAUGAAAUUUGUAAGAGGAUUGUGCGGUCUCCUCUCACUGACCUCUCUUUAUCCCAAAAUGGAACUUCUGAACAAAUUCACCAGCAGGGAGACGACAUUAACAUGGAAUGUCUGUCAAAUAAUCAAAUAUCUUCAUCAGUUGGCACGGAAGAUAUUACUCCUACUGAAAAUGAGAAAUCAGAUCUUAUCUCUGAGACCACUGUUUCUCCUGUAAACAAAACGGGCAAGUCCACAAAGGCUGGAAAUAAGGCUUCAAAACAAGCCAUUGACUUGUGGAAGGAAAAUGGUUUUUCUAGCCUAAUAAUUGCCGCACCAGAGCUGGAUCUUUGGAGUCUGCUUAAAGAUCUUUUGCCACUCCUAGCAAAUUCAGCUCCUUUUGCAAUUUAUCACCAGUAUCUUCAGCCUCUUGCAACUUGCAUGCAUAAUCUGCAGCUUAAGAAGAUGGCAAUUGGCUUGCAAAUUUCAGAACCUUGGUUGCGUGAAUACCAGGUGCUGCCUUCACGGACCCAUCCAUGCAUGCAAAUGAGUGCAUUUGGUGGGUAUAUUCUUAGUGGGAUUAAAAUAUGUAGCAGCAGCUAAUCCCGCCUACAAUGGAAUAAGGUUGCUCCCAUUUGCCUGCAUUGCUUAUCUGUUGGCAAGUAAAACAAAUGUCUCCCGAAUGUACACUAGCUUUUAGUUUUUAUAUUAUCUGUAAACCUGCAACUGCUGCAGUUUUUUCUUGCGUGGUUGCAAUCUGUUGUACAUUUUGAUUUUUCCAUUUGCUAGUUACGGCACUUUUAUUAGUUUCCCAUUAUGAGUUUAUGAUGAUGAUCUGGGCUUCUGCUCUAGUUUUUUU